AUGCAAUUAUCUUGGAAGGAUAUACCUCCUGUUCCAACAUCAAAUGAGAUGUUGGAUAUAAUAUUAAAUAGAACUCAAAGAAAAACACCAACAGUUAUAAGACCUGGUUUCAAAAUAACUCGUAUCAGAGCUUUUUAUAUGAGAAAAGUUAAAUUUACAGCUGAAGGAUUUGUUGAAAAAUUUAAUGAUUUAUUAAGUGGAUUUCCAAAUAUUAAUGAUGUUCAUCCUUUUCAUCGUGAUUUAAUGGAUACAUUAUAUGAAAAAAAUCAUUAUAAAGUUUCAUUAGCUGCUGUAUCAAAAGCUAAAACAUUAAUUGAACAAGUUAGUAGAGAUUAUAAUAGAUUAUUAAAAUUUGGUCAAUCAUUAUAUCAAUGUAAACAAUUAAAAAGAGCUGCUUUAGGUCGUAUGGCUACUAUAACAAAAAAAUUAAAAGAUCCUUUUAUUUAUUUAGAACAAGUUAGACAACAUUUAGGUAGAUUACCAUCUAUUGAUCCAAAUACUAGAACUUUAUUAAUUUGUGGAUAUCCAAAUGUUGGUAAAUCAUCAUUUUUAAGAUGUAUUACAAAAGCUGAUGUUGAAGUUCAACCUUAUGCUUUUACAACUAAAUCGUUAUAUGUUGGACAUUUUGAUUAUAAAUAUCUUAGAUUUCAAGCUAUAGAUACUCCAGGUAUAUUAGAUAGACCAACUGAAGAAAUGAAUAAUAUAGAGAUGCAAAGUAUAUAUGCUAUAGCACAUUUAAGAUCAUGUGUAUUAUAUUUUAUGGAUUUAUCUGAACAAUGUGGAUUUUCAAUUGAAGCACAAGUUAAAUUAUUUCAUUCAAUAAAACCAUUAUUUGCAAAUAAAUCAGUAAUGAUUGUAAUGAAUAAAUCAGAUAUUAUAAAAAUUGAAGAUUUAGAUCAAGAAAAACAAGAUCUUUUAGAUACUUUAAAAGUAGUUCUAGGAGUUGAAAUAAUGCAAACUUCAUGUUAUGAAGAAGAAAAUGUUAUGCAAGUACGUAAUCAUGCUUGUGAAAAAUUAUUAACUGCAAGAAUUGAACAAAAAUUAAAAGGAACAGCAAGAAUUAAUAAUGUAUUAAAUAAAAUUCAUGUUGCGAAACCUCAACAAAGAGAUGAUGUUGAAAGAUUACCAUAUAUUCCUGAAGGUAUUAAAGAUUUAAGUAAAUAUGAUAUAAAUGAUCCAGAUAGAAGAAAAUUAGCAAAAGAUUAUGAAUUUGAAAAUGGUGGAGCUGGUGUUUUCAAUAUAAAUUUAAAAGAUAAAUAUAUAUUAGAUGAAGAAGAAUGGAAACAAGAUACAAUGCCAGAAUUUUUAGAUGGUAAAAAUGUUUAUGAUUAUUUAGAUCCAGAUAUUUCUGCAAAAUUACAAGCAUUAGAAGAAGAAGAAGAAAGAUUAGAACAAGAAGGAUUUUAUGAUUCAGAUGAAGAAGAAGAUGAAAAUAUGGAUAAUGAAGAAUUACAAGAUAUAAGAGAUAAAGCUCAAUGGAUAAGGAAUAAACAAAAAACAAUGAUAAUAGAAGGUAGAAAUAGAAAAUCUUUAAAAAAUAAAGCUAUAAUGCCAAGAGAUCAAAUCAAAAAAUCUUUUGGAGAAUUUGAAGAACAUAUGUAUAAUAUAGGUCAUGAUACUGAUAAAUUAAAAAUUGGUAAAAAAAGGAAACAUGAAGAUUCAAGUAUAUCAGGUGUUGAUAUAUUAAAACAAAAUCAAGGUAUAAAAUCAAGAAAAUUAGCUAAAAAGAAACAAGCUGUAAAUCAAACAGAUAGAUUAAAUGAUGGUGUUAAUGAUGGUGCAUUAAGAUCUCAAGCAGAAAGAUUAGCUAAAAUACAAAGAAGAGAAAGAAAUAGAAUGGCAAGACAAGGUGAAGGUGAUAGACAUUCUACUGCUGCUUUACCAAAACAUUUAUUUAGUGGUAAAAGAGGUAUUGGAUCAAGUGAUCGUCGUUAA